AUGAAGACUGCCUUCCUCUCCCUCGCCGCCGCCGGGCUGGCGAGCGCCCACACCAUCUUCACGUCGCUCGAGGUCGGCGGCGUCAGCUCGGGCACGGGGCAGGGCGUGCGGGUGCCCAGCUACAACGGCCCCAUCACCGACGUCACGUCAAGUAGCAUGGCCUGCAACGGCAACCCCAACCCGACCUCGCCCACCUCCAAGGUCAUCACGGUCCAGGCCGGCCAGGACGUGACGGCCAUCUGGCGCUACAUGCUCAGCACCACGGGCACCUCGCCCAACGACAUCAUGGACUCGUCCCACAAGGGCCCCACCAUGGCCUACCUCAAAAAGGUCAACGACGCCACCACCGACUCGGGCGUUGGCGGCGGCUGGUUCAAGAUCCAGGAGGACGGCCUGCCCUCGGGCGGCCAGGGCCUGUGGGGCACCGAGAAGGUGAUCCAGGGCCAGGGAAAGCACCGCAUCCGCAUCCCGCAGUGCAUCGCUUCCGGGCAGUACCUGCUCCGCGCCGAGAUGCUGGCCCUGCACGGCGCCAGCGGCCCCGGCGGCGCCCAGUUCUACAUGGAGUGCGCCCAGAUCAACGUCGUCGGCGGCACCGGCACCAAGACGCCAUCGACCGUCAGCUUCCCGGGCGCGUACAAGGCCAACGACCCCGGCGUCACACUCAGCAUCUACUGGCCCGUCGUCACCUCCUACAAGAUCCCCGGCCCUGCCGUCUUCACCUGCUAG